AUGGAUGUCUUUUCACUGUUGCGGCGCGGUCUGAGUGGCGACGUCUGCGAGUCGCUGAGCUUCGCGCCGCUGCGCGAGGUGGCACCUCUUGUCCACAGCUUCACGGGCUCGCUGCCAGAAGUGCUUCUGCAGAGCUGUCGUGCAGAGAAGCUGGAGGCGGGAGUGGAGGAGAUUCACCUGCUCUCCACGCAUUUCUGGACACUGGUCGGUGUCUGGAGUGUGGACUUGGUUCGCUUGGCUCAGCUGCUGGCAGCACGCUUUCUCAACGAGUGCCUUCAACUGCAGCGGGCCUCCAGCGAGAUGCGCUUCGCCCUGGAGGAAGCCACCGAGCAGCCCGGACGGACGGAGACCACGGCGCCGCAGCUGCAGUCCCUGGAGCUCCCGAGGCUCCGCGCGCGCUGCAAGGAGCUGGAGCGGGAGCUGGAGGAGCGCCGGGAGCGUAGCCCGAGGAGUGGCGCAGACGGCACCCUCGACGAAGCGGAGGCGCUGCGCGCGGCCCUGGGCGGGGCGAGUCCGGGCGCAGCUCAGUGCAGCCGCUGCCAGGCCCUGGAGGCCAAGCUCCGAGAGCAGGAAGAGAGGCUGCUGGAACGACAGCUGGAGCCGGCGUCCGGCCGCGUGAAGGAAGCAGCCCCUGCGGAUCCGGCACUCGCACGGCUCCUGGUGGGUGAGGCGCCGCCUGUGGUGCGGCGCCGUGCUGCUGUGGUGCUCCAGUCAGCUUGGCGGCGACGAGCCGCGGUGCUGCGCUUCGAGCGCCACUUGGUGGGACUCGUCUUCCCUGCCAGGAAUGAUGGGCGAAAGCUGAGUGGCACCGUCGGCUCUGUUCGGCUGGCACAGGCUCUCGCAGCCCGGGUCUUCCGUGCGCUGCGGCGCCGAGGGCUGGACUUCGAGGCCGCCUUCCGCUGUGCAGACACAGGCUACGAAGACGGUGAUGAGCACCCUUCGGGACGCAUCCGUGUAGGUCAGUUUCUUCUUUUCCUCUGCCGCCAGCCGGGCCUCGCGCUGGCCCCUGCGGAGUCAGCGGCUCUGCUCCGGCUGCUGAAGCGCCGCGACCGCGGGAACCGCAAGGCCUCCGAGGAGAAAGCGCCGCCCUCGGCCGAGGCCUCGGACUCCUCGGGGCUGGGCCGGGGAGCUUUGGAGCGUGCGUCCCUUCUGCGCCCCGAGGCGUCCACGGAUCUGCAGGAGGCCUGGCGCUGGGAGAUGCCCUAUGACUUUGCGAGGCAGCUGCAGGCCGCCGCCUCGCGCGACGUCGGCCCCGCCCCGGCUUGCGAGGCCCUGGAGGCGGUGGCGGAGCUGCUGCGGGGCCGGCGCUGUCGGUUUCUUUGGGGAAGCGACGCCGCGAGCUGGGAUCGACUGGUCAGGGACGCCCUCUUGCUGCAGCUGCUCGAGGAGCGCGAGCGCUUGCAGGCAGCCAUCGAGGACCGAGCUGCGACGGGCAAGUCGGGCACGGCCGCGGGAGCAGCUGCGGCCUUCCUUAGCGGUGAGCUGGAGUGCCAGCUGGCAGAUUGUGAAUCUGACAUGAAGGCGGCGCUGCAAGGACCAAGCCCCCCAGUCUCGGCUACGGCUUUCACGGCGAGGCUGCUGCGAGAGCAGCUUCCGCUGGCGCCAGUGACGCUGCACGCGGCUUCCCGGGCGGCUUUGGAGGGUGCUGGCGGUGGCAUUCGCCAGGGACAGGUUCUGGACAAUCUUCGGCAGCAGCAGGAGCUCAAAGGCAACCUGGUUGGCGGCUUCGUUCGCUUCCAGCAGCCGCUCUCGGCCAGCCCGAGCUUGAUCCACAUCACUGCGACGCGUCCGGCGUGGACGUUGCGCUUGAAGGAGCUAUCGGAAAGAGGCAUGCUGGUUCAAAUCUCUCCUCUAUCACCCGCCGGCUGGAAGGAGGAUCUCCAGCUCGCCUAUUGCGCUGGGUCCGCGGAGGGGGUGCAGCACAUCGGACCCAGCAAGGGCAUCCGCACGGUGCAGGUGCACUUCAUCCCCCGGCUCACCCGCACGCCGGAGCUGGUGGCUCUGCAGACCUACAUCCGUCAGCGACAGGGCGCUCCUUCGGGUCCCGCGCCUGCGCGGCCUGAGCCUGAGGCGGUGCUUUGCCAGCUGGGCGGCUUCGCAAUCGCUGCCAGCCUUCCUGGAGACGGCGACGGCCUGUCCUUGCGCGCCGUUCGGACUGGCAAGGUCGUGGAGGAGACCUCGGCGCAGGCCACCUUGGGGCGGGGCAAAGUGGCCUUGGCUCUUGCAGCUCCGACUGCUGUCGGCGAGCUGGAAAUCAAAGCACAGUGGGAGCCCACUGCCGAAACGGAGACGAAAGAAGCUAAAGCCCAUGAAGGGGAGAAGCCGGAAGUGGGAGAUUUUCUCUCGAUGAGUCGGGUGAAGGUGGCGAGAGCCAGCUUGCGUGGCUUCGCCGUGCUCUUGCACCGGGAUGCCCAGAUGCUCCAACUGUGGUACGAGGCCGUGUGCUCAGAUGCCACGACCUCCGCCAGGGCGCUGCAAGCCCUGGCAACUUUGCCGGAAGCCGAGAAAGACGAGGAGGCCCAGCGCAGCAAAGGUCUCCAAGCAUUGAGCUUGGAGCUUCCAGAGCCGGAGAUGCCCUGGAGCCCGGAAACUCCGGCACGCAGCCGCGGCGACGGCUUCACCGGCUUUACCACGUCCCAAAGUGGGCUGUCUUUGCCAGACUCCGAGGGAAUGAGCUCUCAGCAAAUGGCAGGGGAGGAUAUCCACGGCCAGCGCCGGUCCCCAAGGCCUCUGAUGGUUGUGGAGCAGCCCAUGGCAGCUCGGAGGCGCCGCACGCCAAGAGGAGAUGACAGGCCCUUUGGCCUUGAUGGCGAGCGUCCAAAGCGGCGCUCUUUGGAAUCGCACCCGCCAGAUCUGUUGUUCGCAGGCAAAGGGAGAACAUGGGUGCCGUCGGCUGAGAGGCUGCCCGUGAAAUCCGUAGAAGGGGCAAAAAAAAAGGGCAAAGCUCCACAGGCUGCUGCGGCGACAGGAUGGGAGGCAUACGGCGGCGAGGGCACAGGAAACGGGAGCUUCAGUCUGAAGUCUGCUCACGAUUUUUCCAUGGCCAUCUCUACCCAACACAAGACGAUCAUGACAACGGUUCCGGGAUACCUCCGCUCACAGGUCAAAUCUGCAGACGCCGCCCCUCUGGAAGCGCAGCUGGAAGGGAAGGCCCGGAGCGCUCCCUCGAAGCGCUCGACGCGCAGCCUGCAAGGCAUCAAGCCGGAUGCCGACGAGGUGCUCCAGUGCAUAGAGAGUUUAUAUGUGGACAAGCUGAAGCCUUUCGGUCGAAUCCUGCGAAAGCGCGUCGCAGAACGCCAUGUCCAGAUCCACCUCAAAGAGCAGCACCCAUUUAUGCCAGGAGCUGCAACAGAACUCCCAGACGUGGAUAUCAAGCACCUGAAAGCUCUCUGUGACGACUCUGACCAGUUGGACAUUGCGCCAGAGGAGGGAGGCGACUGGUCCGCCACCUUUCGAGGCCGCGCCCAGGUCUUUGUGGACAUCUACAGUCCCGAAGACGACUACUCUCCCGAGACCUGGCAGGCUGCCAGAGAGUACUUCGCCUCCUUGCCAGAAAGCGAGGCUUUGCUCCCCGGAGGUCGCUACUCCUGUGCGCAGGCACUCGUCCAGAGGGAGCUGCCAUUCCUCGGCGGCUUUACGCUGGGCGAGGUCUGCCACCUGGUGCAGCUGGCCAUCUCAAAGCACAAGAUCCUAGGCUACUGCAACGGCGCGGUGGUGCCUUACAGCCGAUCUCAGUCCCGCGUGAAGGAGGAAUGCGCCGAGUCACAGCAGCCGUGCAUCGGCGCCCCCAACAAGGAGGAUCCGAGCUCUUUGAGUUCACUGGCACUUGCCAGUCUGGAGAAGGCCCGGGAGCACUUGCGGGAGAUCCUCCGGGACGCCUCCUCCGCUCCCUCCAACUCGGGGCCUUCGAUGGUCCCUUUGAGCAACGUGAAGCGCUUGUUCCGGUCCAGGUACCAGAUCGAGCUGAGCGAGACGGCACUGGGGCACUCGAAGCUUUCAGAGCUGUUGCAAGACCAGCGUUUCUCCGACAUCUGCGAGGUCCAGCUUCAGGGACAAGGCUACAUCGUGGUGCAAGUCCAGGGGAAACCCGAAGCAGCCGACGCAGACACGGAGGCUUUGGUCCCGAGCCGUUACAACGGAGGACCCAUCGGGCCCGUUCGCGACGACCCCGAGAGCCAAA